CCGUUUCCUCUCCCACUGGUCGCUCUGAUACGGUCGGAUUGCACAAACACUGGGUGCUUGGUGGCUUCUAUGAUUAGAAUCCAGGUUUGAACUUUGAAACAUUGGGCAUAGGGGUACCGACAACUUUUCCCCAUUUAUCUUGUCACUGCAACUGUUACGAGACAUGACCGUGGAGAUCUUUCACAAUGGGGGGUGUCAUCAGUAAAGCUGCAAACGACAUUGGAGGUGUUCUUGGAAAUGCUUUCGUAGCUCCUGUCAAGACUAUUUUUGGUGCAUCAUGCGGGGGUGUUUGUUUAGGACCAUGGGAUGUGGUAUGUUUCAUUGAGCAUUUAUGUGUUUCCAGUCUGGUGAAGCUGUUAAUGAUCUUGGUCCUUUGCUACAUAAUGUUAUUGUUCUUCUACUUAUUGUUCAAGGUGGGCAUCUGUCAAUGCAUUGGAAGAAGCCUUUGUAAGAUGUGUUGGGCAGCUUGUGAGACAUAUUGGUUUGCUUUAGAAGACAUUACCUGUUUCCUGUGGCACAGAUUAAAGAACACCAAGAGGAUAAACCAUCGGCACAGGCACCGUUUUCAAGAUAUUGAACUAGGGUACAGUUCAAGUGAUGAAAGUGAUUUGUCAGAUAAUUAUCUUCAUUUAGAUGUCAGUAGAAAGCGAAGGUCAGUUAGAGAGAGAAGAAAGGAUCGGCUUCUGAGCUCAGUUUACCCUUCAAGAAGGCACAGUAGCCACAGUCACCAUAUCCAUCAUGUACAAUUAAAGAGUAGGGAACCGUCCAUUCAUGUUAAGGGUGGCUCUCAAGGAUUAAUGCGCUUGAGACAGCUCCAAUUGAGUGAGGUAAGAAAUGCUCAAACAGAGGCUGGGAGUUUUAAGAGGCGGCGGCUUAGAUGAUCAUAAUAAUUUUGGUGUUAUCACUAGCUAGAAAAUAGAAGUAUCUUUAUCCAAAUUUGUGGGAGUGUCAAAACCGUUGUGAUUGAUAAGAAGUUCUUCAUUCUUUCUUUCCAAAUUGAUCUGGCAUAAGUUGUUGAUGUAUCAUAUAACAAUCUCAUGCACACAUGCGCCCGCACACACACACAUGUAUGUAUGUAUGUAUACUACUCAAAAAGACUCCAUAAACAUAAUUGUCAUUUGGUUCAUGUGGAAUGCAAUAUUGUUGUACACGAA